UGGCGAAAGAACUAAUUAUCUCCGAAUCCGAUAUGAAAAUUUUCGAUGAAAUGGGAGAGGCUUAUGCCAAACUUCUGGCAAACGACACUCGUGGUUUGGAAGAGAUUUACCAGAGAAAUAACGAAGCCUUGUUCCACCAUAUCACGGUCAGUAGGGACACUGUGUUUCACGUUGCAGCUUACAAAGGUUGCCAAGAAAUGCUUCGAACCCUGCUUAAUUUGGUGAAGUCGCAAACAAAGAAGCGCGAGAUGUUGAAGAUGAAGAACAUUUAUGGGAACACCGUCUUCCAUGAACUGGUCACCACUGCCAACACCGAAGCAGCUGAUUUGUUAAUGAAGGAGGUGUUGUUAAGGGAGAGGGAAGAGAUACUGGCGGAUCGGAACAAGUUGGGGGAAACCCCAUUGUUCAGAGCUGCCGAAUAUGGCAAUAUGUCGAUGGUGAAGCAUUUGGCUACACAGAUUAUACGAAUGGGAGGAAAUCUUCACAGGCAUUAUACUAGAGAUGAUGGACUCUCCAUUCUUCAUGUUGCUGUGGUGGGCCAACACUUUGACAUUGCUAAUUGGCUAAUGGAAAAGGAACCACAACUCGCAACAUACAAAGACAACAGCGGGAAGACGAGUCUUCAUCUGUUGGCUAGCAUGGGGAAUGCAUUUAAGAGUAGUUCAAUUACCCUCGGAAUAUUCAAGGAGCUCGUCUACUAUUGCCUCCCAAAUGGAUCAUGUAAUGGGGAUGAGAGCAAUGAGCUUCCAUUAGACUCGCAAAAGAAAGAUUUGGAGCAGGAUGAGGCAAGUAAAGCUCGGAAUCAACCAGACCACUCCAAUGGUACUUCCAAGUUGUACUGCGGUGUUUGGAGGUGCCUUGCACAAGGAUGGAAAAUGAUCGAUCGGAUGUGGAAGCAAAAGAAAAUGCAUACAUCGGCUGUUAAACUGGCGAGUACUCUAGUGCGGACUGAUACAUCUUGGUUUGACUCUCAUGAAGCCGAAGAGGGCGAUACAAUUUGCUUGGAAAGAAAAGAAGAAGAAAAGGCCAAGGAUGAGAAGAGUGCUGCCAGCGGAAUGAAGAGCUCAUCGGGGCCGGAUACGCCGUUGAUAAUUGCGGCCAGCACGGGAAUCGUUGAGAUUGUGAAGGAGAUACUCGACAUGUACCCUCAAGCAGUGGAGCACAUCAGUAAAACCGGACAGAACAUACUUCAUGUCGCCAUUUUACAUCGUAAAUACAAAGUGUUUAAACUGGUUCACACUAAGGAAGAGGCCAAGAGGUUGGUACGAGGGAUCGACAACGAUGGAUGCACCAUAUUGCACCAUGCUGCCGACAUCAAAUAUUAUCAGGGCGGAACCAUACCUACCCCAGCCCUCGAACUGCAACAGGAGUUGAAAUGGUUUGAGGCUGUGAAAAAAAAAAUGCCGGUGCAUUUCACCAUGCACCGCAACAAAAAUAACAUGACAGCAGAUCAGCUGUUCAAGGGCAUGCACAAAGGUCAGCUUAAAUCGGCACAAGAAUGGGUGAAGAACACCUCACAGUCAUGCUCCACCGUCGCCGUGCUCGUGGCUACCGUCGUCUUCGCUGCAGCGUACACUGCCCCAGGAGGCUUCCAUCCGACAAAUGGACGCCCCAUCCUCCUGGAAAGACCUAUGUACUCAUUUUUCACGGUGAUGGACGUGGCGGGGCUGGCGAGCUCCUUGACGUCGGUGGUGAUAUUCCUCUCCAUCCUCACAUCUUCGCUGGAGUACCAAGAUUUUCUCAACACGGUGCAUCGGAAACUCUCGCUGGGCUUCAUAUUCCUCUUCUUCUCCGUGACAUCGACGAUGCUGACAUUCACGGCCACGAUUCUUCUGCUGGUUCAUCUGCAGAAAAAAUGGACUGCGACGUUAACAUAUGCGGCUGCGUUCCUUCCAAUUUGCGUAUUCGCAUUGUUUCAGUUCCCUCUGUAUUACCGGUUCUUCAUUGAGGCUGUGAAGGGCGUUCUUGGUUACCUUAGGAGGAAUCUGCCUGGCUACUGGGAGUUUCUUCGGAUUGAAGAGGAUUAUUAUUGAUUUAACCACACCAACAUCAACAUGGGAAACUCUGCUCUAUAUGCUGGGUUUGGUUUAAGCCCGUUUCACUAUUAUUGACUCUCUUUUUUUUUUUUUUUGUGUCUAUUUGAGCCUUUCUGAGAUUCAAUAAAACAUGUGUAAGUGCUAAAGAAACAUGUGUAAAUGUUUAUUUUUCAGUAACUCUCAAAAUUUCUUUUGAUUUCUUCCUUUUGUGGAUUUAUCCUUUUAAAUAUAA